CUCUCCCCUCUUAGAAUCAGGUCCUGAGGACCAGAGUCUGUCAUAGGUGACUUUUAGGCAGAAUUGGAAACAGAAAGCAGGCUAAAGAAUUUUGCUAGGAUUUUACUGCGAGCAUUUAUAAUAUGAGAUUGAAUGAAAUACAUGCAACCCCCCAGGUUAACCGUUAUCUUCUUCCCAGUGUUCAGACCAGAUGCGACUGGUUUUUCAAAGUGAUUGGGAGAUCUGCUGCCAUAUGAGCCUCUUUCCGUUUCCCACCUGCUGUGUGAACCAUCCUUAAUGAACACAUUUGAUCAUCAUUUCGUCUUCCCUUAGAAAGUCAAAGAAGAGCUGUUUUCCCAUGUUGUUCAAAGUUUCUGUAACCUGCCGCUUUGCUCCAGGCUCCACAAAACAUCAUCCUGUCCGGACCUGCGUGGCCAUCUCCUUGGGGUCCCCUGGGAGCAGCUUGGUGGCCUCACUUGGUUGUCCUCUCACCAUCUUCUCACACUGAAGGUGCCUACAGAGAGUAUCUGAGCACCUCUCACAUCCAAAGCUUGUGAGCUAGAAAUGUGGCUAAAUCCACUCUUUUAGAGGGAUGUGACAAAGUCUAUGCAGGUUAAACUUCGUUUUCAUUCUUUGGAUCUCAAUGAUAUUCGUAUGCUCGGGUUACCCAGUUGUCCCGUCCAUGAGCAGCAAUCCUUUUUAUUUGAAUUGCCAACUGUAUGGAAAAUCUGAUUACUGUCUCGUCCUGCUGAAUAACUGCUUAGCCAAGGUGGGCAGGAAUGAAGAACUGGCUUUUUUAAAGCCUUACCUGGAGAUGCCUUUCAAUAAAAGGUCCUUUCGCAACGGUGUUGGAUCAGGAAUUAAAAAAACUUCCUUUCGAAGAGCAAAGUCAUAAACAAAUGUUCAAAACCACAGCCCCGAUUUUAGCAUCUGAUGUUUAACUUUGCGCUUAAAAUCAUUUUAAUGCUUUUCUAUGAUAAAACCAACAGAGACAAAUGUACCCGUGUCUUCAGCAUGUAAACAGAUGUUUAUUUCAAAGAGCACAAGCCAAGUGGAGCAGAUGGGAUUGCUCAGAAAGGGCUUUGUUUCCAAAGUUACAGUAUCAUAAAGUUUUGUAUUGAAAUGAAUGUUUUCAUUUGGUUAAUUCCCCUUCUUUGUAAAGCCACAGAUUUAAUCAUCUUGCUCUUGAUUAAUACAAAAAUAGUCCUGGGCUUUGAAUAGAUGUGUGCAUGCAGCGUGUCGGGAGGACUGACGGUAUUAUUCCUGACAUCCCUCCUCUCUGCCAUAGAGGCAAACCCACCGGCAAGGCAAGGCAUGCCUGUACUUUUCUCUCCCAAAUCACAUUUAUUUGAAGACAACUGCUCUGGCAAUUUUAAUGCAGAUUUAAAGUAUAUUUCAUUUCAGAUUUCCAAAGAUAUGAAGAGCUACUGGUGAAAGACAGAAUCAGGCCCCACUCGUAACUUCUAGUUUCUUUUUAAUAUAGUUAUUUAAAAUGACUUCAGCAGGAAAUAAUCUCUUGAGACGUGUCAUCUCAUUUCCAGAAGAGUCCUGGGAAAUCACUCUAAGGCAGGGUAUCAGUGCAGUUCCCUUUGCCUCAAUUAAUUGACUUACAUAGGCAACACACAUCUGAUGAAAUGUGCCAAAUGCAGUUUCUGCUCAUCUGCUACAGUUGUGGCGCA